UUUACUAAUUGGAAGUGCAUGCCCAGCCCCACCUCUAUAAAGGAGCCUAAUUUUGUUUUGGUUUUUUGGGUGUUUGGAGAAAGAACAGAAUCUUUCGGGUGUCAUCAACCCUUCUUUCUGAAUUCUCGAAAUACAGGAAAAAGGAAUUGCGGAGUAAUAUUUAGAGAGAUACAGAGAGAAGGGUGUUGGAAAUGAAGAGCAUACCUGGGUGGCAAGGUGUGUUUCUGGGAGGAAUAGCUUCAUGGGUUGUGAUAUCUUCAAUUCUUAAAGUGACUGAAAAGCUUAGAUCUCUCAUUCAACCAUGGGUUUCUCAACAUGUCAUCUCUGGCACCCCCUUCACUCUCAAGAUCCAGAGGUACCAGUAUAGGUAUUUGGAUGCCUUAUUUUCUGGUUUGUCUUGUAUUGUUUCUGUACCUUUCUACACUGGCUUUCUCCCAUUGCUCUUCUGGAGUGGGCAUUGUAAAUUGGCUAGGCAGAUGACCCUUUUGAUGGCUUUCUGUGAUUAUAUGGGAAACUGCAUAAAGGAUGUGGUGGCAGCCCCUAGACCUAGUUCACUUCAUGUUAGGAGAGUAACUGCAACUGAGGAUGAGAAAGAAAAUGCACUUGAAUAUGGACUACCUUCUUCACAUACCCUUAACACUGUCUGCUUGUCAGGAUUCCUUAUGCAUUAUGUCUUAUCCUACACCCAGAAUGAAGAUCUUUCCACAGAGUUAGCAGGACUUGCGGUGAUUUCUUUGCUUGUGGGACUGAUUGGUUUAGGAAGAAUUUACCUUGGGAUGCACAGCUUGAUUGACAUUAUUGGAGGUCUCGCUAUUGGACUGGCAAUCCUGGCAUUUUGGAUUUUUGCUCAUAGUUACAUAGACAGUUUCAUAGUUUCAGGACAAAAUGUUGCAUCCUUUUGGACCGCACUUGCGUUCUUAUUGCUCUUUGCUUACCCAACUCCCGAGUUGCCUACUCCAAGUUUUGAAUACCAUACAGCUUUCAAUGGCGUUGCUUUGGGAAUUGUAAUUGGAGUCCAGCAAACAUAUCAUCAGUUUCACCAUGAAAACGUUCCACGGAUCUUUACUCCUCAGCUCUCGUUCCCUGCAUUCGUGGGUAGAAUGCUAGUCGGGCUUCCAACAAUACUGCUCGUGAAGUACUGUAGCAAGGCUCUUGCCAAGCGCACGCUGCCCAUGCUUGCCAAUGCCCUGAGCAUCCCGAUAAGAUCAACCAGCUACAUACCCGGGCUGUGCGGUCCAAACACCACUAAGAAACCAAACGAAACAAAACAAGCCGGUUAUGUACUGAAGCUAUUCUUCUUCUCUCAGCAAGACUCCUUUGAUGUCGAUACUGGUAUUAGGCUCCUUCAGUACACUGGCCUUGCAUGGUCUGUGGUUGAUCUUGUUCCAUCUCUAUUCACCUACUUACACUUGUGAUGAUAUUAUAGAAAAAUGAUGUCUUUUUGAUGAUACAAUUGGGAAAGUAUCUUUUGUUUAGAUGACAUUCUUGGAUCUCAGAGCAAACUUAACAGUUGAGGUUUUUUCUCCAGUUCUUU